GUUUUUUCGAGCAUGACACCGGCAAAACCCACUACUGACGUAGCGGGAAUGUAUAGUAAAAACAUCAACUUUAUCACUAACAUUCUGAAACCAAUCUCGCAUAGUGAAAAACUCCCAAACCGCCGGUGUGUCAAGCGUAGACUCAAUUCUGUGUUAGCCUCGUGCCUCGGCUAACGCAGAACACCACCUCUGUUUUCUUCCUGACCUUCUCGCAUCCUGGCGAUGACCAAGGGUGUCUCAAUAAACACUCUUCCGGUCGAGCUUCUCUACGAGAUACAAAUCUUCUCUGUAUCUCCCUCUUUCCCUCUGACAUGCAAGACGCUCUACAGAAUAUUCAGAGCGUCUCCACCCUCCUAUCGCGCCCAAUUUCUCAUCGCGUCUGUUGAGGCCGCUCAAAUUAAGGAUGAGUUGAUUCUCUCGAAACUAUUGCGGUACCCAAUUUGCACAGUGGACAUAUUAGAGUUAUUGUUUCGAAUGGCAAGCGAUAUUUUACCUUUAACCUGGAUACCGGAACUUCCAAGACGCCUCUUUCGUUCGCUCACGCCAAAAUCCCGCGCAAAGCUGCCUUUGUGGACAGAUCAUGACCAUCCACUCCCCUUCCUAAAAUAUCUAUUCACUUGUCCACAAAUUCACCCCCCAGACGUCAACUCACAUGAUGGCUAUGCCCUCACAAAAGCUGUCCAAGUGGGCUUCCUGCCUCUAGUUCGCUUUCUCCUUGAUCAUGGCGCUUCCCCUCGCUGCAAAAACAACAUGCCGAUCCUUGUCGCUAUAUAUCGUAAGGAUCUUUUUCUUGUGCGACUGCUUGUGGAAAGAGUGGAUUGCCAGGAACAUGGUCAAGGGGCAUCGAAGCAGAAAGGGAAGAGACCAAAAUUGGAGGAUCGAGCACAAAUAACACCCGAAAUGCUCAAGGUUGCCGUGAAACUCAAUGCGCGGGAUAUCAUAGAAUAUUUUAUGAAAGAAAAGGGAUGUGUACCUGAUUUGCAGACUCUGCAAAUGAUGCGUUGACCUUGUGUCCGUGAUUGAUAUCCGAUUCCGUGUAGACUCAUCACCUGCGUUCACGUC